GUGUGUGUGUGUGUGUGUGUGUGUUGUGUGUGUUGUGUGUAAUCAGUGACAAGAACAUCUCAGUGUGGAGGCCUGUGGUGUUUGCUGAAGGCUCAGUGAGAGGAGGCUGUCUCUGGAGGCUGGUGUUUCUGAGGCGGGGGGCAGGAUGAGCUCAUUCGAGGGGGCUGUAAACCACAGCAGGUUCGGCUCACAUCCUGCCUCUCUAGAGCUCCGUCUCACUCCAGAUCCUCGACACCUCUCAGCCCGUUCCAGGAUCCCGCUGGAGUUUGGUCCGAGAUGGGCAGUAAAGCGUUACCGGCGCCGAUCCCGCUUCACCCGGCGCUGCAGCUCAACUACUCGCUCCUUCAGACGCUCAACGCGUUCCCCGCCGCCGCGGACCAGCUCUACGGCCUGAGCUCGCUCCAAACCGUGCAGAUGAACCACUGGACCCUGGGCUACCCGCCGGUUCAGGGCCUCGUGGACCCGCGCUUCGCCUUCUCCGCCGCUCUGCCGUUCGCCGCCCAUCUCUUCCACCCGAAACACGGAUCCGCGACGCGCGUCGUCCCCGCGCUGCACAAAGACAGACCCAGGUUCGACUUCGCGAACCUCGCGGCGGCGGCGACGCAGGAAGACCCUCCCAAAGCGGGCGAGCUGGGCAAACUGAGCGCGGAGCUGGGCAAACUGUCCCCGGAGCGCAAGCCGGUGCGCGGCAGACUGCCGUCCAAAAGCAAAAAGGAAUUUAUUUGUAAGUUUUGCGGGAGACGCUUCACCAAAUCCUACAAUCUACUGAUCCACGAGCGCACGCACACCGACGAGCGGCCUUACACCUGCGACAUCUGCCACAAAGCCUUCAGGAGACAAGACCACCUGCGAGACCACAGGUAUAUUCACUCCAAGGAGAAACCGUUCAAAUGUCAGGAGUGCGGGAAGGGCUUUUGUCAGUCGCGAACUUUGGCGGUUCAUAAAACGUUGCACUUGCAGGAAUCUCCUCACAAAUGCCCCACAUGCGGAAGAACCUUUAAUCAAAGAAGUAACCUGAAAACUCACCUUCUCACCCAUACAGACCUCAAGCCUUUCUCCUGCGGCCGCUGCUGGAAGGUGUUUCGGCGCAACUGUGACCUGCGACGCCACAGUUUGACACACACCCCACAGCAGGACUACUAACUAGUGAACUAACGAGUGCACGCGCGCGAACUCUGACCCGUGUUGUUUGACGGACGCCGCGGACUAAACAGACUCUGUGAACUCAUGUAAAUAAAGUUUUUAUCACCUGCAUCUGAACCGGGAGACUUCAAGAAAGCGGCGGAUCUGCUCACAGGAUUCAUAAAAAAGACAAUAAAAUGUGAGUGAGAAGAGACGGACACAAUUCUGCUUUAAUAAAAGACUUCUCUUUUUGUAAAUGGUGACUGGGCUUUUGUGAAAGAAAAAAAAGAAAGAAAAGAAUAAUUCUUAUAACGGUAAUCUUUUUACGUUUUAUUUUAACGUGUGAGUUCCUAUGUUGUUAUUUUUAUUAUCUAGUUUUAAUUAUCGUUAAAAAUAAACUCUCAGAGGAAACCUAUUUACCUUCAGAGCUUUCGAGUAGACUUCAUAUGAGUGUGUAAAAAGAUUUCGUUUCUGUGACAGCUAUGAGCCUGGAUGGGAGCUGGCUUUGUUUCUUUGUUAGUCACACCAUAGACAUAACUCUUCAUUUAUUAAUAUGUCUCUGCAUGUGAACUGAACUACAGUGGAGUUUUGGAUGGAGAUGAAUUCAGUGAAAUUCUGCAGAAGAACCUGCUGUUUGAGUCUCUUAUUAAAUCACACUAAAC